GCAGUCUCUGCCCUGCUGGCACACAGCUCCCUGCCCCCCGCCUCCACAGGCCGCUCAGAGGCCUCCCAAACUGCCACACUGUGUCUCUGUCACCCCAGAAAUGGAAAACUUCGAGUAUAGUAUCCAGCUGAGCAACAAGGACUGGACAGAGUUCUCAGAAGCUGCAGAGGAGUGUGGCCUCCUUCAGGCUGCUCUGGCCUCAGGCGAAGAGCCGCUUUCCAGUGACAUUGACCAAGGGGACAGCAGUGGCAGCAGCCCCCCACUGGAGGGCCUGCUGAAGGCCCUGGGCAGGCGGUCCCUGCCCGGGCACCUGGCCACGGCCCAGGGGGGCUGCUCUGGCAGCGAGGAGGAGGAGGGCACAGACGCCUGCCUGGUCAGCAGGUUUCGGUGUGAACGUGUCCUGGCCCCGGGGGCCGGUCAGCAGACUCCAAGCACGUCCACCCAGCUGGAGGAGCAGCUGCCCUCCAGUGUCCUCCGCCCUGACCAGCUUGCUUCUGCCCUGAGUCUUGAGCCUGGUUCCUGUGGCGGCGCAAUGCAGAGGUCCUUGCAAGGGGCAGCUGCCCAGGCCUCUGAGGCUGGAGUGCACUUGGGAAAGGACCCCCCAAGCCAGGGGCCCUCUGGCCAGGAGCAGCCCAGCAGCCUUGGGUCAGCAGAUGGGAAGAGAUCUCCCCGAAAGCCUAAUCCUGGAGUCUCCCCUCGAAGUCCAGGAAAGAAGAGGAGGUCAGUAGGGGCCAAAGGAAGCGGAUCCCCCAAAGCUCAGGACUCCAGGAGGCAGGGUCCCCCCAGCCCUUCACUGGCUCUGCCGCCUUCUUCAGGGAGCCGGCCAGACAGGGGCCCCAGCACCAGGGCACACGGCAAUUUGGCCCCGGCUGAUUGGGAGGGGAAUGGUCCAGCAUCAGAGUCGCUGGCCAGGGGAGCUGGAUUGGGAACCAGAGCCAGCCGUGGGACGGACCCCCAGGACCUAUCCUCCACCCCUGACCUGGGCCCAAAGCCGACUGCCCCUGCCCCUCAAGAACAAUCAUUCUUGGAUCUGUCUUCACCUGUCUCAAAGACCGAGACCCCAGUGAAUGUGUCUACACCUACCUGGAUUCCUGGGACAGGAAAGAACCUGUGUGCACCUGUCUCCUUACCUGAGAAGGCCACAAACUUGCCUGGAGUAGCGUCUGAGUUUGAGCCAAGUGGUAAUCUGUCUAUACCUGUCUCCUUACCUGAGAAGGCCUCGAACUUGCUUGGAGCAGUUUCUGAGGUUGGGCCAAGUGGUAAUCUGUCUAUACCUGUCUCCUUACCUGAGAAGGCCACAAACUUGCCUGGAGUAGUCUCUGAGGUUGGGCCAAGCGUUAAUCUGUCUACACCUGUCUCCAAAGACAAGCUGCGCAAGCAUGUGUUUACAUCUGAUACCAAGACCAACUCAGGUGUUGGCAUGUCUAUACCUAUCCUCAAGUCAGAACCGGAAAGGCAUCGGUCUACACUUGUUCCCUUGGCUAAGGCAGAUGUAGGCCCAGCCAUCCCUGUCCCCAGAGCCCAGCCAAAUGUGAAUAUGUCUACACCUGCUCCCCAGGUCCAGCCAGAUGUGGAUGUGUCUACACCUGAACUCAAGGCUGAGCCAGAUAGGAAUCUCUCAACUUCUGCCCUCAGAGCCAGGGAAGAUGUGGAUGUGUCUACACCUGCCCAAAUUACUAAGAGUUUCGAUUUCCCAGUAUCUCCACAGGGGCUCCAUGGGGAACCCGAGGAAGGCAGCAGGGCUCCUUUGUCUCCAGGACCCCUGGGGGAGCCUUCACCGGUCACCGAUGAUGCCACACAGUCCCCUGGGGUUGUCACCCCUGCCCGAGCCCCAAGGAGAAAGAAAGUCCGUUUUUCAGGGGUCUCCACCUCCCCUCGAGAGAACUCCGACUCGGCCUCCCCAUCUUCAGCCUCGCCAGGCAGCGCUGCCUCUGAGCCCCCCAAGACCUGGGGAGGAGGCCGAGACAGCCCCAGAGCCUGGGACGCAGUAGCCGUCGGGGUUCGUCCUCAGCCACGCAUCCUGAAACACCCGCCUUCCCCCUCAGCCUUGGCCAGGGAGUCUGCAGGACCCGGGGAGGACUUUGCCCUCACUCUCCCUGAGGCCUAUGACUAUUUUUUCUGUGACACCAUAGUCGAGGAGGAAGAGGAGGAGGAAGAGGCCGUCCCAUCCAACGUGCAGUGGCCUGAGGUGUGUGAAUAUUUUUUCCGGGACAGUCGCCUCCCUGGGCAGAGGCCCUCCCCAGGACCUCCUGUCCCGGUGCCUGCCCCUGUCGAUCCAGUCCCCAUCUCUAUCCCAGAGGCCUACGAACACUUUUUUGGGGACGAGGGGCCGACUGGUGUCUCAUUGCCCCCAAACUGGGUCCCAGCGACCCUCUCCAACGAGCAGACUCUGGGGACUGAGCAGGCCUGGCCUAGUGUCCCUGCCCCUGAAGACCAGAACCCACCGAAAGCAGAGGAACUAGGCCUGACCGUGAGUCUCGAAGGUGAGCAGAGGACUUCACUCAUCCCUAUCACCUUCAACCAGAAUGACAUGUGUCUGGGGUUCGUGGCCUUUGCCACGUGGGCCGUGAGGACUUCCGACCUUCACGCACCAGAUGCCUGGAAAACAGUGUUGCUGGCCAACAUCGGUGCCAUAUCUGCCAUUCAAUAUUUCCGGAGGCAGGCAAGAGAAGGACACCCAUGCCCAUAGCCCCACGUCGGGGCCAGCUGGGGCCCAGGCAGGCAGGCCCCAGCCUGGGUUGGUCACCUAGGCUCAGGGUUUGAGUGAAGGUGGCACCCUGCCAUGCGGGACUGGCUUCUUCUGACCUCUGAUCGGCUCCUCCGUAAUGACCCCGAGGCCAUGUUCACACUGCACUCCCCCUUCCCCAUUCCCCAGUCUCUCUUCUCCCACGUCCCAGGCCUGUCCAUGAGACAGCUGUCCAACCUUCAGCCUUCUCUACUUGGGAGGGAGAAGGAAACCCAAUCCUGAGACCAUCUUCACUUUUUCCUCUCAACAGGACUGAGAGGUCUGGGUCCCAGUUAAUGGACCUGUGCCAAGUCAGGCUUCAGAAGGGGGAGGAGGGGAUGGCUCAUUCUGGUAAUCAGUGAACAUAAGGGCCACCCAAGUGACUCCUGGAUGACCUGGAGGCCAGGGGCAGGAGCCCAAGUGGACAGUAUGGAGGGGAAGUGGUGGGAGCCAGGUCAGCUGGCAGGGCACAGCCUUGGAUGCCCUUAGCUUGGCCAUUCUGGUCCUUCAGGUAACCUCCUGAAACAAACUGGUGACAGACAGGCUCUGAAGAUGGUCAGCGAAGAUGUCUCUUUCCUCUGCCCCUGCCUGGUGACAUUGUGGGCAAGGGGGAUAGAGGGUGAAGUGGAGAAGGCAGGACGAGGGCAAUCACAGGGACACAGCUCCCACUCUUGGGGACAGACCAGGCCCACAUGAAUUGUGGGUGCGUGGAAUGAGGAUGUCCUGAAAGGAGCUGGUGGGUCAGGGACAGUGGUGGCAGACAUUGGACGUGCAUUUGGACACUGGGGCUCCCUAAGAAGGCACUGAGAUUUGAAGGAGAGGAGAUGGUGAGAGGUAGGUAGGAGAUGAGGUCAUUGACUAGAGGUUGGAGGCAGGGAGCAGAGGG